CUUCCUUUCGGUUACACUUACAUCUGCAUCUAGAGCCACUACCAGUGAAACUGUAACCUCUCAUAAUUAAUACAACAAAGAUAUGACUCUACUUUCUUCUCUGCAAAUCACCACCACCACCACCCUCUCUUUUCUUCAACACUCCUCCACCUUUCACUCUCUCAAUCCCUCUUCAAUUAUCUUACACAAAACCCUUAUUCCAGGUUUUGCUACUGCACCCCCCCUUUCCCUCAAAUCAUUCAUUUUUUCCAGUCAAAAAUCCAAAAAACCUACCACUACCCAUGCUUCUUUGCUUGAAACUCCCGUUCUGUGGGCUGGUAGGAUCUGCAUCUUCUAUGCACUCCUUAAGACUGGAUUCGUUGGAUCUCCAUCAAACCCACUUCUCUCGGAUUUGGAAAUUGGUGAUGGUGAUAGUAAUAGUAAUGAAUCUGGUGACUUAGGGUUCUCUAAAUGGACGCAGGGUAUAUUUGGAAAAUCAGCAAAGGAAGGAGCUAACGGAGCAAAACUUACGAGCAAAUGGCAUCCUACAACAAAGGGUACACUUAGAAGGAACUAUAGAGUCCCAUCUAAGUCUGUAGGGCGACGACUUCUUAAAGCCAUUGCCUCUCUUUUGUCAGAAGAUGACCACUUUGUUGAUGCCACUUCUCACAAGGGUUGCCAAAUCCGAAGAGAAAGCGCUCACGGAGAAAGCGUUUGUUGCAACAACGUGAGAGCUCUUUUCGACGAGCUACCAACUCCUCAUCUCAUUGUGGAGAUUACACCUUUUCCCGCUGGACCACUUUCUGACAAGGAUUACACUAAGGCUGAGAAGCUUGAGAGGGUUCUCGGAUCUAGUCCUUCUGUUUGAGUCAUCUUUGGUGUUUCUCGUUUUCAUGUAUAUAUUCUUUAUUAGCUUGUAAAUAUUGCAUCAUGAAGAGAAAUUUGUAUCAAGUAUUUUACAUUUGAGUUGAAUCAUAGGCACAUCUUUCAAAGACAAAUUUCUCUUGUAGAAGACACUUAACGAGGUAAUAGAAAUAACUCCAGCCCCAAACUUGAUCCCAAAA